AUGAAGAUAGGAGAGAUGCUGAGACUAGCCAAAAGCCGCAGAAUACCUGAUCCGCUGCCAAUCCCACCGCCCUGGCCAUGGCUUCCAAGCGUCUGUCUGCCAUUGGUCCCAUGGUUUUCAGAUGCUAUAAAAUAUGAGAACGGGCGAGAAGUCUGCAACUGUAGCAUUAUUGUGGAAUGGGCCAAAGGAAACCCAAGACGACCACUAGUCAGUAAUGGUUAUGAUGAAUGCUAUCGAUGUCAUCGACCAGGCCACUGGGCCAGAGAUUGCCCUGAUGACCGCUAUUAUGGUUACAGAAGGCCUGGCCGAAGCAGUUAUUACAGAUCACCUUCUCCCAGAAGACGACGACGAUCCCGUUCACGGUCUCGUUCAAGAGAUAGACGUCGUAGACGAUCGCGGUCACGGUCCCGUAGUCGUGACAGGAGAAGUAGUAGCCGGGAACGGAGGCGCCGAAGCCCCAGCAGUGAGAGACGGCGAGGUCGAGAUAAACACAGUCCGGAGAAUUAUAAACGCGAAAAAAGUGCAUCGAGGUCCAAAAGCCGGUCACGGUCAAAAUCUGCCAGUCGGUCCCGGAGUCGCUCUCCUAGUCAGUCAAGAAGCAGGUCUCGUAGCGCCUCCAAAGUAAAGACGAAUGCCAAAGAUUUGCCAAAAAAAAUUCUCUCUCUCUCUCUCUCUCUCUCUCUCUCUCUCUCUCUCUCAUUUAAAAAUUCUCUCUUUCUCAUUUAA